UUAACGGUCAGAAAAAUAAUGCAGACGUUUCAGUCGUCUUGUUCAACUUAUAUACCCAAAACCCUCAAACCUCAAACGUUCCAUUGUUACUCACAGAUACGGGUGUGGAGGCUCAUAUGGAGGUAGCUACUAUCGAUUGGAAUGAUUCCAAAUUCGAGAAAGAUGAACUCUACGAAGAUAUAAACGCUCCUCAAUGGAUCGAUUUCUCUGCUAAUCAUCCUCAUCCUUCUACACACGACGAUGAUGCUUGGUUUUGUCGACCUGAAUGUAAUCAUCCAAAAUCAGCCGAUGAUUUCUUCACAAAAACGAUCUCCAAUCCUUCUAAGAUCUCCAUGAAAAAUCAGGACAAUAUUAAACAUGAUAGCAACACGACAGUGAAGAAAAGAGGAACGCAAUUAAACAAAAUCUCGAGAAGUAAUGCUAAACGUGUACAAGAUUGCGAGAACCAAAACCCUAAUUUAUUAACACCUACCGAUCAUCAUGUCAUAUCAAGAUCAGGGAAGAAGAAGAAGGCGGAUAACAGUUCUUCAAAAAGGGAGGAAACCCCAAGGAAGCUUAAAACCACGUUCUCAGCACGUAAUCUGUUUGCAGGAAACAAUAUAUUGAAUCAGAUAACUGAAUUUUGCAAUGAAUUGAAGAGAUUGGGUUCAAAAAAGAAGGAGAAAGGGGAUGAACAUCGGGAGAAAGAGAUUGUGCAGAAGAAAUGUGAGGUAGGAGUGUUGCAGGAGAAACAAAAGUAAUAAUCCAAGAUUUGGUGCUUUUUUUUUUUUUUUUGAAACCAUGCACAUUUUUUAAGGUAUAUAUAUGAAAUUUACAAGUUAAAUUCGUUCUUUAUUUGAUUAA